AUGCCUUAUACUGGGACCCAUAAUGAAUCUGGGGCACCUUGUCAUUCGUCUUUAAAGGAAAGACAGUCUAGCUACAAUGGUUCACCUAACUUUGUUUCACCGAUUUCUUCACAUGAUAGUUUGGAUACCUAUAACAAUACUUUUUCAUCCACUGUUGAUACCACUAGCGAUAGCAGGUCUGCGAAAUACAUGCCAUACAGGGAACGGGUAGGAAAUGGUUCAAAUGGUUCAAAUGAUUCCUUAUUAGAAAAUGAAGGAAGUAAUAAAUUGAGUAAAGAAUUGCAAAACCAAGGCCCACCAAGGCCCAAUCUUUUGGGAAGUCCGGGAAAAUCGCAAUCGGUAAAUUCCUUAGUGUCAAAUGCUACAACAGAUGUAUAUAUGGAUGAAUUAUAUGAAUUACCGAACAAAUCUACGCAUGUCUAUUCCUAUAAUCCUUUAUCUCCGAAUUCCUUGGCGGUUCGUCUAAGCAUUUUGAAACGAUCUUUGGAAAUUAUGAUCAAGAAUCCUCAUAUUUUGGAGGCACCACCCAUUCGUCCUGAACUUGGUAGGAAUCAUAGUGAUGCUGUAGUACAGCAGUCAGAGACAUCUGAUUCUAGUAAAACCGUUCAACAGAAGGGUACUGCAUCGGCAGCAGCCCUGAAGGCAUUCGUCAAUAAUACCAGUAAUAGUUCAGCAAAUGCUAGUGCGAAUCACACUGCACCUAAUACUGCAAAUCCUGAGAAUCCUUCUUUCUUACCACCAAGUGCUGUUCGUCGUAACUUACAGAGGGCUUCCUCCAUGGUUUUCCCUCUAGAAUAUUUGAAGAAAUCCGAUCCUAUGUGUCGUGAAAGGGAGGAUUUGGAAGAUUUAUUAGUUCUCUUAAACAAGGCAUUGGAGGACAACGAAUACGAGAAUGCUACAGAUCUGCAUUUGCUCUCUCUUCUAAAUAUUAAUAAAUUAAUGUUGGGUAAAGAGGGCCAAGAAGAAGAUAUGCGAACAUUACAAUUAAAGAAAGCUCUUUUGGACAGUUUGGCAGAACCGUUCUUUGAACAUUAUCACGAAAAGAGCAGUGAUUCUGAAGGCGAUAGCGACAAUGAUAGUGAUGGCGAUGAUGAGGAUGAGGAAUUUUUAGAACUGCAUGCAGGCUCGCAGAGCCCGCUGAACGUGGGGAUACCAGGUCAUGAAUAUGGUCGUGUAUUGCAUACUUUUACUUCAGGUAAAAAUGUGGCACCUCAAGCCAUUUUCACUUGUUCUCAACAACAUCCCUGGGCUUUUAAAGCUGCAAACGAUUUAGCUUGUUUGACUUUUGGAGUUUCCAAUAAUGCCCUGAAGGCUCUUACGCUUUUAGACUUGAUUCACACAGAUAGUAGAAACUUCGUAUUGAACAAGAUCAUGUCCACUGAGGGGCAAGAAUUGGUGUUUUCUGGUGAGGUCGUUGCGAUUGCUCAACCUGGAAAUGGCACUGGUGGUCCUAAUUUAAUUUGGGCUUCAUUUUGGGCAAAAAGGAAAAAUGGUAUGCUAGUGUGCGUUUUCCAAAAAGUACCCUGUGACUACGUUGACGUUUUACUGGAUGUAGAAGAUUAUUCCAUCAAAAGUGUAUCUGGAGGAGGAGAAUUGUUCUGGGGUCAAGGUGGCGGUGAUUCAGUGAAAUCAUCCACAUCAGAGGAUGCUCUCAGUAAGAAAGACGACAGUGGUAAUGAAAAAGAACCCCAUUUGAAUAAAAAGAAGACAGUUAAAUUUGUCCAUGAGCAUCGUGAUAUUAAGGAAAUCAGUGCGUCUCUGGCUCAGUUGAUCGAUGAUGUUUUGCAAUCUCGAUUGAUGGCUGAAGAUGAUGAUCUCUUACCAAUGCCCAUUAGGGUUGCUAAUCAUGUUAACGAUACGAGAUAUUUUACUUUAAACAAUCUUUCCAAUAAUAUACCCGGUGCCGUUUCGCUGACAAUACUCAACGAUGAAUUAAAAUUAAAGAUUCACAGUUUACCAUAUGAAGCUGGGCUGUUUGUAAUUGAUUCCCAUUCUUUGAAUUUAAUCAGCUCAAAUAAAUCCAUUUUCAAGAACAUGUUUGGUCGUCAUUUUGCUGAUAUGGCAGGUAAACCAAUUACAAAUAUCAUACCGUCUUUUGCAAACAUGAUUCAAUUUAUUAGGGCAAGCCGUCCGUCUCUGAAUAUAACAUCUAGGAAAAAUAGAGGUUUGGUCCUUUCGGAACAUUUCUUUAGGAAAAUUCAAGCUGAGAUGAAUGGUGAUCCUGGAAACUUUUAUACUUCUGUGGGUAUAGGUGCGUUGCACCGUGAUGGGUUCGAGAUCAAAGUAGAUUUGCAGCUAAGGGUCAUGAGCUCCCGGGUUAUUUUGUUAUGGAUAACUCAUUCAAGAGAUGUGGUUGUUAAGGAUUAUACGUCCACUCCAUCUCAAUUACGCAUUUUGAAAGAGAACGAAUUAGCAUACGUUAGUAGCACACCAAGCUCACGUAGCUCUUCAAAAAGGUCUUCCUCCAAGAUUUCAUUGACUGCAUUGAAAGAGAUGGCAUCUCAUUCCACAAGCGCAAAUGGUGAUUAUGACAAGCAAGAAUCAACAGAUUCACCCAACGAUAAUGAUAAUGAUAAAAAUGAGAAAGAUAAAGAUAAAGAUGAAAAACUUGAUAAUGAUGAUAAAGAAGGCACUGCUACCGCGAAAGAUAAUGAUGAUGUUGAAAGAAAACCUGGAAUUGAAGAUGAUGAGAAAUCUACCACUACCAUUGAGAAGUCCUCCCAUCCUGUAGAUGUAGAAAAUGAUGGUUCUGUGGAUAUUGGUAAUUCAGAAUUGCAACGUAAAUUAGAGUUAACCAAGAUCUAUAGUAGGGAUAAGUCGCGUUUUGUUAAUGAUGGGAAUUUCAAAUUAGAUCAAGACCUGAUUAGGAGUAUUACAUCCAUGCCAACUGAAGAGGUAAAAUCAGAUAAUAUAUCUACACGUUCGGAUUCUGCAGAACCAAUCUUUUUGCAUGCCCCUGUUGACGACAUUGGAGCUCAAAAGCAUACUAAAAAGUAUUCUGAUUUUGUUGUUCUACAGAAGAUGGGUGAAGGUGCUUAUGGAAAAGUUAAUUUAUGUCUCCAUAAGAAGAAAAGGUAUAUCGUUGUGAUAAAGCUAAUCAUUAAGGAGAGAAUUUUAGUUGACACUUGGGUUAGAGAUAGAAAGUUAGGGACUAUACCUUCAGAGAUUCAGAUCAUGGCUGCGUUGAAUAAGCAUCCUGAUGGUAAUAUAUUGACGUUGAUAGAUUUUUUUGAAGAUGACGAUUAUUAUUACAUUGAAACACCAGUUCAUGGUGAGACAGGUUGCAUUGAUCUAUUUGAUUUGAUUGAAUUGAAGACAAACAUGACAGAAUAUGAAGCUAAAUUAAUUUUCAGGCAAGUCGUAUCAGCUAUAAGGCAUUUGCACAGUCAAGGAAUUGUUCAUAGGGACAUAAAGGAUGAGAACGUAGUGGUGGAUUCCAAGGGAUUUGUCAAAUUAAUCGAUUUUGGAUCUGCGGCUUAUGUAAAAAGCGGACCCUUUGACGUCUUUGUUGGAACCAUAGAUUAUGCGGCACCAGAGGUACUAAGUGGAGAACCUUUUGAUGGUAAGCCUCAGGACAUUUGGGCUAUUGGUGUUCUAUUGUACACUAUAGUCUUUAAAGAAAAUCCAUUUUACAAUAUUGAUGAGAUUUUGGAAGUAAAUUUGAAAUUUCAUGGAACGAAAGGUGUGAGUGAGGAGUGCAUCAAUUUGAUAAAGAUGAUUUUGAAUAAAAAUCCUUCGCAAAGACCAACAAUUGAUGAAGUUUACAAUAACGAGUGGUCACAGAUUUAA